GAGAGAGUGAAACCUUUUCAUCAUGACUGAUUUUCACAGCUGGUUCUUUGCAUCCUGGAUUCUCUGUUAUCUCACAAUUUCUAAAUGCAGCGACGGCAUUGUACAGGGUUUCGAGGGUGAGAGUGUCAUUUUGCCAUGCAAAUAUGACAGCAAAUAUCAUGGAAAAUGUCCCAUAUGCUGGAUGAUAGGAGACAUUCCCAAUAUGGGUUGUGGUAAUGAAAUUAUUGGAAGUGAUGGAGAUAAAGUGGUGAGGAAAAAAUCAUACAGAUACCAGCUGGGGGGAGAAAUACGGCAUGGAGACGUGUCUCUGACAAUCCUAAACAUUAAAAAAACAGACUCUGGCAAGUAUGGAUGCCGAAUACAUGUACCUGGACUGUUUAAUGAUGAGAUGUAUUACGUCCACUUGAUUGUUAAUGACGCCAUUAUUCCAACAACUUGGGAAACUACAUCCAUGUCAAGCAGCACAUCUGAGCAUGAAACCACAGGAGUUUUCAGCACUGCCAUUACAGAGGCACCUGGUCCAACCACACCAGAGCCUUUGGUAACCACUAGUUCUGGGCUUAUAACCUCUGAAUCACAGACCACUGAAACUUCAGGAGUGGAAACGAACACAACACAAGAGAGUUCUUCAAUCGUCAGUUCAACAAAUGCUCCUGAGAGCAGUACUAUUGGAUUUUGGCUCACUGGCACAACAUACGAAACCUCAUUUGAUCAUCAUGAAUCGUCCUCUGUGGAAAACAAAGAUAGUGUAAAUGCAUCAGCAGUGAUUGUGCCUGUCCUCCUGUUACUGUUGGCUUUGAUUGUCAUUGCUGUCAUUCUGAUAUUGAAGCACAAGAAGAAAACCAGAGCUGCAGUAGACAUAGCCCAGAACUCGGAGAACUCUGUCAUCUACAGUAACUCUGGCAGCAGUGUGGGCCUGUACAACAGAGAGAUGGCUGUGGAAAACAUCUAUCAAAUACAACCUGAAAAUGAAUAUGAACAUUAAUUCACAUUUACUAUUUACCUUUAAGUUGAUCAGUGUGGACUUCUUGUCUUCUGUUGUAUUUACACUGUGUGUGUAAUAAUGUGACAGCUAUUGCUGAUCAGAGAAAUUAUUGCUCUGGACUAACCUUACUCUGACGUCUAGUGGCUAACAUACUGCAACACUUUAUCGUUAUUAAAACUAAUCUAAGUUAACUAAUCAAAGUUAAAAUGUUUCAUUUACCACAUGUGUUUUGGGUCCACAGCUGCACAUUUCUCAACCUUUCCCAAGUUUCACAGCGUUUAUGCCAAUCCAGGGCUGCGGAAGUGCUGACGUGGGUUCAGAGAGGUCAUAAAACUGAAUAAAACAGAAACCAGAUGGUAAAGGAGGUCAUUAAAAUUCAAUAACCGAUUUAAAUUUCAAGGUCGAUAAAAACAAGUCAGAGCAGUGUUGAUAUCAGUGAUCAGUUAAAUUUUUCCAUUGAUAGUGACAGAUAAAAAUGUUCUUGGUUAAAAAAUAUAUUUGCCAACAAUCAUUAUGCUGGUUCACACCUCUUAUAACACUCAUAGACCACACUUAGGAAACUUCCUUCCAAUGUAACAAACCAAAAACAAACUUCUGAUUAAUUACAAUGCGGUCUGUCAGAAGAAUUAAUUUUGUUUCGCAAUGUGUGUACAUAAAGAGGAAAAGAUUUGUGCAAAUCUGUAAUCAGUAAACUAAAU